AUGAAGUUUCAACAUCUAAUACAAUUUCCCAAAGAAGCAGAUUUAAAAUGGAGUUUAUUUUCUGCUGCUUGUUCUAGUUAUAGAUUUGAUUCUGUUUUGAAACCAUUUCCUCCUUUUUUUCUAAUAGAUUCAGAAAACAAAGAAAUUGAUAGAUUAGUAAAAGUUGUAGAACUUUGCCCAUCUAUACCUGAAUUAGUGAUACAACUAAAAGCCAAUCAAAUAUCGAAAACAUUAGUGGAUUUACUUUAUUGGGUUCUAAUUCAAUUACAAGAACCUAUAUAUAAUUUUAUUCCUAAAAAUGAGCAUAAUAAAAUUUUGUCACAAAUUCCAUCUGUAAUGUCUGCAGCCAUGCCUGAUUAUAUGUUUAAAGUUACUUAUGGAAGUAAUUGUCAACAAAAAUUUCAACUUAUGGCAGCAAAUCGUACGACCAAGCUGGCAUUUCACGGAAGUCGUUUAGAAAAUUUUUUUUCUAUUUUGAAUCAUGGACUUCAAGUAUCUUACAAUAAAAGAGGGGCUUUCGGAUCAGGUACCUAUUUAUCCAGUGAAAUGGGUCUAAGCCUUUCUUAUAGUUCUGUCGGCUUUUCUUGGAGACACAGUUGUUUUGGAGAUCAUAUUAGCAUAGUUGCUCUCUGUGAAGUUAUCGAUCAUCCAGAAGUGCGAUCAGAAUUUGAUACAAGAAAAAGUGAUGGUAAUAAUUUAUUUAACAUAUGUAACAAUCAAUCUGUACCUGGCAAAUAUUUUAUAGUUGAAAACAAUGACCUUGUUUAUGUACGUUAUAUUUUGAUUUAUCGUAACGAUACUCCUGAGUCCCCUUCUCUCUUGACAUCUCCGACAUUACUUGGAUGGAUUAAUAGGCAUAGAAUGUUCACUUUUGCUCUUGCAUAUGUAAUUCUUUUACUAGCCGUUGGUUCUUCGAAUUCUUCAUUCAUUUACAAAUUUUAUAAAAGACUUAUGCAAUAA